ACACCUAACUCCUGUCUCUCCGUCCUCUUCCUCUAAACCCCUCCUCUGACUGGUUGGAAUCAAAGGCGAUCUUCCUUCUCCCUGCAGAAGAUGAAUCCGUCCUCGGCGCCCCCUCCGCUCCCGCCCCCCGGGCAGCAAGUCAUCCACGUCACGCAGGACCUGGACACCGACCUCGAAGCCCUCUUCAACUCGGUCAUGAACCCCAAGCCCAGCUCGUGGCGGAAGAAGAUCCUGCCGGAAUCCUUCUUCAAGGAGCCCGAUUCCGGCUCGCACUCGCGCCAGUCCAGCACCGACUCGUCCGGCGGCCACCCCGGGCCUCGGCUGGCCGGCGGCGCCCAGCACGUCCGCUCGCACUCGUCGCCCGCGUCCCUGCAGCUGGGCACCGGCGCGGGCGCUGCAGGAGGCCCGGCGCAGCAGCACGCGCACCUCCGCCAGCAGUCCUACGACGUGACGGACGAGCUGCCUCUGCCCCCCGGAUGGGAGAUGACCUUCACGGCCACUGGUCAGAGGUACUUCCUCAAGUAAGUCAGCCCGUAGCCA